GUGCGAGUUGAGCAUUUGGCGCUCAUUCGAAAUCUUUCCGCGCAACCCACACAUCAAGAGAGAGGAUGGCGAAGCAGGGAGACGAAGACUAUAAGGCCGUUGCGACCCCCAAGGAUGAGGUCGUGGACAUCCAAGACAAACCCGUCGCCGUAGGUAGCACCACGGCCCUGACGAACGCGAACGCAGACAUCGAACACGAUUUUCCGUUCAGUGCCAUGUAUCGCUACGCGGACGGAAAGGACAAGUUGCUCAUGGGAGUGGGACUCAUCAUGUCGUGUGCAAAUGGCGCUGCCUUUCCGUUGAUGGCGAUCAUGUUUGGGGAUUCCAUCAACGGAUUCACUCCGCCGAUCAACUUCAAAGUGAUCAACAAAGCCGCGAUGGAAUUCCUCCUCUUGGCCCUCGGUCUGCUCAUCUCGGGGUACGCAUCCUACACGUGCUUUGCGAUCUCUGCCGAGCGUCAAAUGAAGAGACUGCGCAGCGAAUGCCUGAAGCACAUCAUGUACCAAGAAAUGAGCUGGUAUGACCAACGCGACGCCAGCGAACUCGCCUCGCGUAUUUCUGGCGACACCAUCAAGAUCAAGGAAGGCAUGGGUGAAAAGCUGGGCGAAGCCCUUCGUUUCAUCUGUCAGUUCUUUGUGGGGUACAUCAUUGGUUUUUCCCGCGGGUGGAACCUGUCCCUGGUGAUGUCGUGCGUGAUGCCCCUCAUGGCAGUUUCGUUGACGUUUUUGAUCAAGCGUCUUCGAGACAGUACUGCCCGCAGUCAAAAGGUGUAUGCCGCCGCGGGUGCUGUUGCUGAAGAAAACAUUGGUGCCAUCCGCACGGUCGCCUCGUUGAACGGCGAACAGCGUGCCAUUGAGAAGUACGGCGUGAACGUGCAAAACGCUGAGGACGAAACGGUCGGUGUCGCCAAGUUUGUCGCGUUCGCCUUGGGGUGGUUUUUCAUGUUCAUGUGGUUGACGUAUGCGAUUGGUCUGUGGUACGGUGGGUGGCUCGUGUCCAAGCAAUCUGGCCCCAUCACCGACCCUGGCUCGGUUUUCAGCGCUUUUUACGGCAUUUUGCUGGGUACGAUGUCGCUGGCCCAGAUCUCCCCCAACAUCAGCGCUGUGGCUUCGGCCAAGGGUGCCGCCACUGCAUUGUACAAGAUUCUGGCGAGACCAUCCCAAAUCGAUGCGUCCAUCUUGGACGGCGAAGUCCCUACCGACUGCGACGGUGACAUUGAAGCCCGCGACCUGCACUUCACCUACCCGAGUCGCCCCGACGACCCCGUGCUCAAGGGGUACUCAUUGUCCAUCAAGAAGGGUGAAACGGUGGCAUUUGUUGGUGCCAGUGGCAGCGGGAAGAGUACGUUGGUCGGGUUGUUGGAGCGCUUCUACGAGCCCACGAGCGGGGCGUUGUACUUGGAUGGCCGUGAUAUUUCGACGCUGCAAAUCAAGUGGCUUCGAUCCCAAAUCGGGUUGGUGUCGCAAGAGCCAGUGUUGUUUGCCACGACCAUUCUCGAAAACAUUGCCGCGGGUGGGGCCAACAUUUCUCGUGAAGAAGUGGUUGCUGCUGCCAAAUUGGCCAACGCCCACGACUUUAUCUCCAAGUUGCCCCAAGGGUACGACACCAUGUGUGGGGAAAAGGGCGCUACCUUGUCGGGGGGGCAGAAGCAGCGGGUUGCGAUUGCCCGAGCGUUGGUGCGCCAGCCCAAGAUUUUGAUUUUGGACGAAGCGACCAGUGCAUUGGACAAUGAAAGCGAGCGUGUCGUGCAAGCCGCGUUGAACAACUUGAUGGAGCAAACCAAAAUGACGACGAUCGUGAUUGCGCAUCGAUUGAGCACCAUCCGCACGGCGGACAAGAUUGCUGUCAUCUCCAAGGGCGUGGUGGCUGAAAUUGGUCGCCACGACGAGCUCAUGCAGUUGGACAACGGAUUUUACCGCACGUUGGUGGAACUCCAGACCAACCGACCUGAAGACGACGAGGUCAUUGACGUCCAAGAAGCGCGGGUGUCGCUGGUGCUGGACCAAGGCGGGGAGCAGGCGGAAUUGGUGCGCAAGUACAGCAACCUGUCUCAGAUCAGUGUGGACCACGUGUCCGACUACGAAGGCCUCAAGGAAGUGGACGUGCCGUUGUCUCGCAUCUUUGACCUGACCAAGCCCCAGCGUCUGCACUUGGUGUUUGGCGUCCUUGCGUGCUCGAUCCAAGGCUUUGCUAUGCCUGGUGUGUCGCUCAUCAUCACUCAAGUCAUCACGGACAUGGCCAAGUACUACGGUUUGUACAUUGAAUCGGGCAAGAAGAACACGCAGGCACUGACCAACCUGUACGAUGCCGUGGCCGCCCAAGCUCAGAUCUUCAUCAUUGUGGCCGUGGUUAUCUUUUGCGUCGCGUUCAUCCAAACGUACUCGUUCCGUGUGAUUGCCGAGAAGUUGACCACUCGUCUGCGUAACCUCCACUUUCAAGCGUUGAUGCGCCAAGACAUUGGCUUCUUUGACUUGGACGGGCACACCACCGGCGCUCUGACCACGGAUUUGUCCACCCACGCGACCAAGGUCGUUGUAAUUGCUGGCGAAAACCAAGCGCGUAUCAUCCAGUCGUUGUUUACCAUCCUGUCGGCGUUCUUCAUCGCGUUCUUCUGGGGCAGUUGGCAGUUGACGUUGGUCAUGGCGGCCGUGUUCCCGCUCUUGCUUGUGGGCAGCUGGGCCCGUGCCGCCCAGUUCAAGGGGAAGAAGUUGUCGGACAACUUGGCCGAUUCUGGCUCGCUGGCGACUGAAGCCAUCACGAAUGCCCGCACUGUGACCGCGUUUGGCUUGCAACAAGACAUCAUCUCGCGUUACGACGUCCUGUUGGAAAAACCACUCAAGGAAGGCGCCAAGGAAGCGCACGUGAACGGAAUCAUGAACGGGUUCUCGACGGCGUCCAUGUUUGCAGUGUACGCGCUCGUGUUUUGGUACGGCGCCAAGUUGGUCGAAUCCAAGAGCAUCGACUUUGGCGAACUUAUGCGCACGCUCAUGGCCAUCAUGAUGGCAUCUCAAGGUGUGGGUCAAACGGCGGGGUUCAUGGGGGACACUGACGCUGCGAAGAAGUCUGCGUCCAAGAUUUUCUCCAUCGUCGAUCGCAAGUCGGCCGUGGAUUCGUCGUCGACGGACGGCGCGGUUCCGACUAACGUGACUGGUCGCAUCGAGUUCAAGGACGUGUCGUUCAACUACCCUUCUCGGCCGGAUGUCAAGGUGCUCAAGCAUUACGAUUUGACCAUCGAGGCUGGCCAGACGGUGGCGUUCUGCGGCCCCAGUGGCGGCGGCAAGAGUACGUGCGUGGCGCUGCUCGAACGUUUCUACAACCCCAUCGCCGGCACCAUCGAGAUUGACGGUCAGGACAUUUCGACGUUGAACUUGAAGUGGCUUCGCUCGCAAAUGGGUCUUGUCGGCCAAGAGCCCGUGUUGUUUGUCGGCACGAUUGCCGAGAACAUUGCCAGUGGUCUGUCCGACUACGCCGACCUUCCCGACUUGCAAGAACGCGUGGAAGCCGCGGCCAAGAUGGCCAACGCACACAACUUUAUCACGCAGUUCCCCGACGGGUACAACACUCAAGUGGGCUUGAAGGGCGAGCAAUUGUCGGGCGGCCAGAAGCAACGCAUUGCCAUUGCCCGCGCGAUCAUGAAGAACCCGAGCAUCUUGUUGCUGGACGAAGCCACGAGUGCGCUCGAUUCCGAGUCGGAGCGCGUCGUCCAAGAAGCGCUCGAUAACUUGUUGGCUGAGAAGGGACGCACCACGAUUGUGAUUGCCCACCGGUUGUCGACGAUCCGCAACGCCGACAAGAUUUGCGUCGUGAGCGGCGGCCGCGUCGCCGAGCAGGGCACCCACGACGAACUCAUGAAGCUCAACGGGAUUUACACGCACUUGGUCCAAACCACCACCAAAAACUAAUAACGUUAUAGACCAUAAUCUAUUUGAACACAUGUAUUUGAUAUAAAGUGACGUGGACGUUUGCAUGUGUACAUAUAUACUUGAUCACCCUAGCACA